AUGACCUACGCUCUGGAAAGACGGGGUUAUGUGAAAGCAGGGCCUUGGACUCCAGAGUGUACAGUGGAACACCCUGAAGCUGGUGAGAAAUAACAUAUCCAACAUCAUUAAGCACCGGAAUAAAAAAAUUACCAUUGUUGCGGGUCACUGACCAUCAAAGAAAUAAAAAUCGAAAACUCUUUGAAAGAAGUUAAGUUUUUUUAUAAGAUGGUUUGUUCAAUGAUGUGACCUUAUCUUAGAAUAAAGGUCAGAAUUUGAAUUCCAUCUCUGAAUUCCAUCAUACUCCUGUAACAUAAAGAUUAUGGGAUAUCAUCCAAGAGCACAUACACCUAUACUAUGUCAAAAAGUAGUACUCCAGACUCAGUGGCAGAUCAAGGAGGAGGGGGGGGGGGGCUAGAUCUGACCUAACCCUAAGACUGAAUGAGCACCCCCAUCCCCCCACAGACACACACACACACACCUUGGAUAAAAAGUCGAUGUACAUAGGACUGUAUAAGACUCCAAAUAAAGCAUUGUCUUGUCUUGUCUUGUCACACCCACCCACAAACACAAACAACUGCUUACUUUGAGGUCUGUGUUUGUCACUGUCAUCUAGCUUCAAGUUAACCCGUUCAGCACCAAUAACCACAUAAAAAUUCGCCAAACUGACCUCCAUGCCCAGGGUGGGAGUCCCAUAUGAAAGGGGCUGGGAUGCUUGUCAGAAAUUUUGAAUUAGACCCUAAAGGAGCCCAAUAUGGGCAUGGCCCAACCUAUUAUUGACCCCUAACAUAGACCUUUUUUAACUUUAAAUAUAAUUUAUAUAUAAUGUUUUUACAUUAAUUUUCUUCACGUGUAACCCUAAAAGUAUUAUAUUUAUGGCAAAAUGUAAUGGCGCUUUUCCCAGAACACCCUAAGUGAGACCAAAAUCCAAAAUUUACACCCCUAAAUGAGAUGACGAGCAUCCCAACCUUUUUCAUAUGGGAUUCCCCCCGGGCUCCAUGCAUUUCCUAAAAGAACUAGUUAAGAGAAUUUGAUACAAGAUUAAAGCAUUUUUUUCCUUUGGUGAUCAUAUAAUUGCUCCUCACAACCUGUUUUCCUGGAUGAAUUAUUGUUAAGAGAAAAUUGAUGUUGGUCCUUCUGGGAAUUUAAAGUGUUAACCUGGGCAGGAGAGCCAUGACUUAGACAUCAAUUGAUUGGGAAGAAACAAAUUGAUGCUCAAUGCCCCCUUAUACUUUGUUUUUAACUGUAUUUUCUUUAGUUCGACAGCUACAUCGGGAAUUUUUGCGAGCAGGAUCUGAUGUUAUUCAAGCAUUUACAUUUACUAUGGAUGAUGAUCUGGAGGGUGAACAUGCUAAACAUGGGGUUGGUAUUAUUUUAUUACCUUGUUUUAAUAGCUAUUCUGUGUUACUGAGCCCCCCAAAACACACAGAUCAUGAAUACUAAAAAUCCACAUUUGAUCAGAUAGGUUCUUUUGUACAACACUGUUUUAAAAUUUUUCCCAAAGAAAUGCAAAAUUCAUCUUUUUUGUACGAUUUCAAGAAUCAGAAUAAAAAGCAUUUGACCUACUUUUUUAAAAAUUUUGUUUCAGACCACUAAAAUAAACCAGGCAGCAUGUGACCUGGCCAAGGGCGUGGCCCAGGAAGGAGGGGCACUUUUUGCUGGAUCAAUCUGUCAGACUGCUUCACUGUAUUCAAGUGGAGCAGGACAAAAGGUUGUCAAGGAGAAGUUUAGAGAACAGAUUGAAAUUUUCCUUCAAAACGAUGUCGACUUACUCAUUGCUGAGGUAAAUAUUGUGUAAACAGCCAUAACGCUCAGUAUUUCCUUCUGUAACCGCCAUCUUUGAUUUUACAACCCCUUUCCACCAUGCAUGUAUACCAUGUAUUGAAUAAGUGUAAAUUAACACACAGGUAGCCCAAGCUCGAAAUAUGAGCAUCCGCAUUGUUGUCUAACAUUAGAAAUAUAAGGAUUUUUAUGGGAAAAACCUAUCGUUUCUGUAACCUAACUGAAAAUGAAAGGGUUUCAUUAAAAAAAAGAGCUUACCUUACUUAAAAUGUGGUCCAUGGGUCGAUUUAGGGCCGUUUUGAUGGGUUUUAAUUUAACCGGUUUUCUCUCCAUACCCAUAUUUGGGGCGUGGGCCACCUGUGGUUAACAUUCCAAAUUAUCGAAUUUGAGAAAUGAUACAUGUAAUUUCCGGCAAAAUUUUCAUGUUAAAUUAUAAAUAACCAAACACUUCGUACUCCUCUCCACUUAUAAAUGACCUAACACUACGUACUUCCCUCCCCUACAGUAUUUUGAGUUUGUGGAAGAAGCCGAGUGGGUAGUGGAGGUGAUGAGGGCCACAGGGAAACCAACUGCCAUCACAAUGUGUAUUGGACCUCCUGGGGAUACCAACAAUGUACCUCCUGGAGAAUGCGCAGUGAGACUGGCAAGGAAAGGUAAUCUGGGUUGUUCAGUGCACCGUAGUUGCCUUUUUCGGACGUUGUCGUUGCGUCACCGUCGCCGUUGCUUAACUUGCGAACCUAGUCCGACGGUGAGGGCGACGCCAACGAGUACGUCGCGGAUAAAUGCGCAAAUUCACUGGUUUCAUGUGAACGGAAGGCCGAUUCGUGUAAAAUAAACGCGUUUUCAAGGGGCCUUAGUAAGAUAUAACGACAAUUCUGCACGUGCAACACACAUUUUAGCCUCCCCCGCAGACGUUCUUUUGGCUCUUCACGCAAUACUCUCGUACGGGGAGCAGGAACGCGUGACCAGGCCCUAAGAACGCCUGCGUGAGGCUACACACAUUUUGGUAUAUAUUUACGAAAAUGUACGAUUUAAGCUCACGCGAAGUUGACGGGAAAACGUAAACACACAAAGAAGAAUUUUUUUCUCUUUCUAAACGUGGUUUCAGUGCUUAGUAAAAAUUCAAUUCCAGGAGAAUUCGCGAAAAUUUGACAAAUUGAGCGAGUUGGAAUAUUUUAGAAUCACGAUUACGGCAAAAGGCAAACGUCAAUCUGUACCUCGUGACCGCAGUUUUCCUUUACUUGUCGUUUAGUCUUACCCUGGGUGCCAGAGGCUUUCCAUGCGCGGUUUCCGGUUUCGGUCAAGUCUUAAAAAGUGACCCGUGCGUUUUUCCUCGUUGCUUCGCCGCUCGUGUCUUCGGCCUUCGGCCGAACACGUGUCGGCCUGCGGUCGACGAAACAAAGCUCCCCGACGCACGCGAGAAAAAAUCUCUGGUACCCCAAUUAGUCUGUGUGGCAUAGGUCAAGUAGAUGAAGUUUGAAACGGCGCGAAUUCAAUUUUAAAUAACGUUUUCACCGCGCGCGAUCAACGAUCAAUGAUCAGCUGUAAGUUGAAGGGGAGCAGUAGGCGGUGGCCUGUUCCAAGCAUUCAGAUAGUGGAGAGCGGUGCGAAGUAAAGAAAGCGAUGAAAAGUAGAGGGGGACUAGGGAGAGAGGUGCGGGAACGUUCCCUCUCUCACCUCUCCCCCUCCCUCGCUUUUAUUUUUUCGCGUUUCUUUUUACUUGGCACUGCUUCCCACUAUCUGAACGCCUGGAACAGGCUAAGUAGGCGAUGGAGCCCGUCAACACCACUUAGAGGCCAAAAGUCUGUUAUUGGUUCUUUAACUUACAGUUACCCUUCGUGGUUUUUCUCCAGAUACCUUGGUUGACCCCAAACUUGAAUUAUGAUUUUUGCCCUUUCUUUGUUAUUUCAUACAAACAGGAGCUGACUUAAUUGGAAUCAACUGCCGCUUUGCUCCAGACGAGGCCCUACAAACGAUAAGUCUGAUGAAACAUGCGUUGGACAAGGAAGGACUCAAACCUUACCUGAUGAUGCAACCAGUCUGUUAUCAUGCACCGGAUGGUGGAUCCAGGGGAUUCGUCGAUUUACCUGAGAUACCAUUCGGUGAGCUUUAGUUUCUCCCCUUCUAUUUCGUGGUCGCUGGUCUCCUUCACCUGCAAUGGGAAAUCGUCCCCCACUUCGCCCCUCCCCCCCACCCCCCCACCCCCCACUCGUUCCUUUUGUAUAUAGUUUCACAAAGCAUUCCUGAGUACUUAUAUCCAAGAUCCAAGGGAAUACUUCCUAUUCAAGAGAGCAUGUUAUACUCUCCUGUUCCGAGCAUUACAAUUAUACAGAUUCGUGCCGCAAGAUAGGGUAUGGUUUUCUAAAUACCCCUCGUUCCCAGGGGUUUUUCCCUCCUUACGGAAAAAGCCGUGGGAGCGAGGAUGUAAAGUGCCCAGUCCUUGAAUAGGUUCAACCUCGUGCCCAGGGCGCUUUUCCGCCACCUCCAAACCCAGGGAAAAGCGCCCUGGGGACGAAGUUGGAAUAGGGUAUUCCUUUUGGUAUUAUUUUCUUUUGAUAGGGUACUUAAAAAAAAAAAACAGAAGCUAGGCCCUGCUUAACUAAGGCUAUGUUCACGCCAUGUCGGAAAGCUUUUCGUGCCGACACGAAAAGUUCACAGAAUUUUGCGUUAGGGCUUUUCGCCUUUAAUCAGGGCCUGACUCCACAGUUUGUGUUGUCAUAUUGUCAUAUUCUUUCGAACAAGCGUUUGUCUGUUUCUUUUCAGCGCUGGAGCCACGAAAACUAACUCGCUGGGAUGUGCAUAAGUACGCUCGACAGGCCUAUGAUUUAGGAGUCAGGUAUAUUGGCGGAUGUUGUGGAUUUGAACCAUACCACAUCCGGGCUAUCGCAGAAGAGGUUGGUGCCGAAUAACUACGUGUUGUAGAGUUUUUUAGGAGGUUGAUUUUUAGACUGACUUCAAGUCGCGUGCCUUGCUCCUUAAAUACCCUUGAAAUGAUCAGUACUUCUUGCAGAAAUUCUUGUAAUUAAUAACUCAGCAUCCCAUAAUCAGACCACAUAGAAAGUGCCAGUUGCAACCAACCUCCCUCCCAGGGUCCUCUCGUAUUCAUUCCCCGGAGCAAGAGAGAGAGAGGGCCCUGGAGUCGAGGUUGAAUUGCGCACCUUUGCUUUGGAACUGCAUAAGUGAUUAAAAAUAAGUUUGAGGGUGACCGGUGAGGUUUGUUACCCUAAAUGUUGUCCCAAGAGUCGUGUGUCUUGGUUCUUUUUCAGCUGGCUCCUGAACGAGGCAGGUUACCUGCCGCUAGUGACAAGCACAGUCCCUGGGGAGAAGCACUUAAACAUCACGCGGUCGCUGAAAUCCGAGAAAGGUAAAUCUGAGAGGGGACCGGGGAAAGUUGAAGGCCGCCAUUUACUGUUUUGCGGCUCAAACGUCUGAGCCGUUUUUCGUUUUAUUCACUGAGAUUUCUUCAGCACCACUGAGUAAGGAUGUAUGGAAUAGUUGUUUAAUGAAAGAAAAUUCUUCAUUUUACUCAAAUAAUAACCUUCCUUUUUCUUGCGCAGCAGGCAUGGACAAUUCUGCAGUUCCAGUCAGUUUUAAGACACUUUGCGGAAGAUAGCGCUGGUUUAGAAAAACCUCUAAAAAUUGCAAUUAAUUUUGAAACACCGUUUUAGUUUAUCGCCAAUAAGGUGUUCAUUUAUUAAAUGGUUUAAAACAGUAGAAAUUACAACUUCGGCUUUGAAGAACUUUUAACUGUGGUCAACCAUUUGCCAUUUUGACCUUGCCUAGGCCUUAUUAUUGCGCGGAGACGAUGCGUUUCGGGUCACGUGGUCCGAGCGAGUCGUUCGCCUCGGGCCUCGGAUACGUCGCCACCGAAAUGUAUUGACCGAGAAAGCCUGGGAAGACGCCGUACAGGGACUAGGCAACAUUUGGACCCAUCACUCUGACGCAUUAUUGUGAUUGAUUUUAUUUCAGAGCUAAUAGAGCCUACUGGGAGAAUCUAAAACCAGCCAGCGGUCGUCCUUGUUGCUCGUCUUUUAGUGGUCCUGGAGGACAUAGAAAAUAG